AGAGCAGACCAGAGUCAGGCAGCACCAGUCCGCCUCACACUAGGCAGGUCCUGAUUCACUUAGAACAGGACGAGCUGCCUCUGCCAUAGCGUACUCACUUGCUCCUUUGGAAGGGUGUGUUGGACUAAGUCUCUAACCUGGGCUGGUCUCACAUGGGUGUAUAGCUGAAGCUGACCUGGAACUUGUGAUCUUCGUGAGUGCUGGGAGAAGGGCUGUGCAAACUCCCAGUUUAUGUGGUGAUGGGGAUCAAAACCGAGCUUCAUGCAGCCUGUGGGUUUAAGUUCAUUAGGAAGCGACCAGAAUUGUGCCCUGGAAGACGCCCCUGGCAGGCUUAAGCAAGCAAGCUUAGAGAGUCAAGCGACAAUACUGUAAAAAGUCUUCCUGCCUGUGGCCUUACCUAAGACUAUGGACCCCGCUUCUGUGCACAUCUGUGCAUGUGUCUGUUUUGCUGACAACUGUACAUUAUAAUCUCUCAAUGCUCAGGGCUAUUCCAAGCUGGAGGCUCUGUUGUGGUACAAUAGAACAUUCAUCUGGAAUGCCUGCUAGUAAAAUACUGAGUCAUGAAGACUGGGGCCAUCGUUUUUAUCCUUAGGAGUCUGUUAUCAAUAACCUACCUGCCUUUGGUGUUGAUGACACUGGACAUCCCUGAGGAGCUACAAAAAGCCGUGGGGAGAGUCAUUGUCAAUGCCACAGGAUGCAGUGUUACAUGUGGCCUUGGCUACAAGGAAGAGACGGAGUGCGAGGUGGGUCCCGACGGAGUGAGGAGAAACUGCACGUUCCAGCGUUUGGAGUGUGUGACCAACUGGAUCUGUGGGAUGCUCCAUUUCACCAUCGUCCAUGGGAAGACGUUUGAGCUGAACUGUCUCAGCUCAGACAUCCUGGAGAAAGGGCAGGAAGCCUUCCGCUUCACCUGGAGGCUUGCCCGGGGCAUCAUCUCUACUAACGACGAGCUUUUCAGACCCUUCCGAGCCAAUUCCCCCUUUAUAGGAUUUAAACCAGCCUAUGAGUAUAACGCUGGGACGUAUCGAUGUGACGUGCAGCUGCUAAAAAACUUGAAAUUUGUCAAGAGGCUCUAUUUUGGACUGAGGGUCCUUCCUCCAAAGUUGGUAAACCUAAAUUUCCAACAGUCCCUUACUGAGGAUCAGAAGUUGAUAGAUAAGGGCUGGGAAGUUAAUCUGGACAAUGGGUCUAAGCCUCACCUCCCUGUGUGGCAAAGGAAAGUGACAUCGGCCUUGGGCAUAGGAAUUGUGGCUGGAGUGGUUGGCGGCGUGUUGGUGAGCGUUGCUGUCUUCAAGGCCCUGGGAGGGACUGAUGGCAGUGGGGGCCGCACCCGCUUAUGAUGCAAGUCUUCCUCCCAGGAGGCUGGCUACCUAGGAAGCUAAGCUAGAUUGUAUGUGUGCCUCUGAUGGUGAAGUGUCAAAAGAGGGCUCUCAGCCAGAGUUGGCUAGGAGGCUGGGAAGAUGUAACCUCAGUAGUUCAGGGCAGCAUCCACCAUUGUAUUCAGGUUUCCCUGAUCCUAGAUGCUCAGGAGAUCCACUGCAGGCUUAGGUUCUGUCCCUAGAGAGAGUUCUGUCUUGCAAGCUUGUUUUUGUGCCACACUUCCCAGUGUGUGUGCCCCGCUCACCUCCACUCCACCUCUCUGAACAGUGUAUUGACCAGAAUGUACUAAUCGCAGCCUUUUAUGUUGGGAGUUUUUUUUUAAUUUUUUUUUUGUUUUGUUCAAUAAAAAUAAUUCACAGGAA